AUGGAGGGCGAGGUUCCCGAUUGUUCUGGGUUGAAACUUAUACACUGCAAUUUCCAUCACAAAGGCCCUCAGCACAGUGCAGAGCUGACCUUGUGCCCUGUCACGGUGAGACUCAGGAAGUACUUGUGCUGCAGCCUCCUCUAUUCACACGCUGGCCCAUAGGUCGCUGUCAGGCCCCUCCAUGGCCGAUGGCUAUUGUUAUGCUGAUCUAAUGACUGUGAAGGGUAAUCCAAAAGGCCUUCAUUAGAAUGAGGAUCAGAAUUCAUAAACAUUCAAUGAGGGAGGAACAUGGAGGCAUUGCAUGGGAGCACUGCAGUGAAUUAUUUGAUUGAAUAAGUUUGGUCAAAUGGGGAAUGAAUGCACAGUCCCUCCAUCAGUGUGUCAUCAUGAAGUAUCUCACAGUCCAUAAAGGAGAAGCUCUGCCCUGCACAGUAAAAGCUCUGCCCUGUAUGACAGUGUAUGUUGUUUUGGGCUAUUUUUGCAGGGGAAGACUUUGCUUGAAUUCAAACCUUAAACAAUAAACAUUUGAAUAAACAUGGCCUUUUACAGCAUAUUGGAUGACUGUCAUUCAUAUUCCAUUCAUCCAGCUCAAUGUAACAUCGAUAGGUUUAAGCUACUACAUGAUACUCAAAUUUUCCCUGUACCCAUCAUGAGGUUGCUACAACCUAGCCUAUGAAUGAAAGUUUACAACGUAGGUGCACAGGUCGAGAUAAUUUUUUGUAAUCAAGUUGAGAGACAGUGACACAAUCAAUACCGCCUUGCACACUCUUGCCUCCAUCUAGCUGAUCUAGGAUGUAAUCAUUAGUCCAACAGUUGCAAACGAGAGUUUUUAUUGGACAAUUGCAGGUAUGUCCCCGUUUCGUUCAGUUUGCUUCCGUUUAAGAAACGUUUUUCAACAGAAUCUGCGCAAUGAAUACACCCCUGAUCACACGCAAACACAAUUCACGUGCAUAGCAGCCACAUACAAACCGCUCGUUGUGUAUACAAUUCCUUCUCGCAUCUAUCUACGCGCUCUCCUCCUCUCACUUUUCCCUUCGCUUCAGUGCACAAUAAUAUAAUAUUUUGCAGACGCUUUUAUCCAAAGCGACUUACAGUCAUGUGUGCAUACAUUUUUACGUAAGGGUGGUCCCGGGGAUCGAACCCACUACUCUGGCGUUACAAGCGCCAUGCUCUACCAAUUGAGCUACAGAGGACCACAACACAUCAGCUACUGUACUGUACAGAGUGCUGCUGAAGCUACUAUAGACCUUCAUUGCAAAACAGUGUGUUUUAAAUGAUUUGGUGACGUGAAUAUAUUUAGUAUAGUUCUAUCUAAAAAGCAUAAUUUUUAUGUUUCACUAUUUAUUUAUUUAGAAAUUCACUGAGGAGGAUGGUCCUCCCCUUCCUCCUCUGAGGAGCUUCCACUUAUAUACACAUACACUAUUCAUCCCCAUUACACUAAAGUUAUGUUGCCCAUGGACAGCUAUGCGUGAACCAAGUCUGUGUUUCCCAAAUGCAUCAAUUAUUUAGUUUCAAUAGAAUUAAGAAGCUUUUGGGAAAACCCAGCCCAGUGUUAUGCCAUGAUAUGUUGAGUUUCCUGAUCUACACGCGCAUAAUCAUAGCCUACCUUUCUCAUUCGACCUGCAGUGUCCAUCAUUUUCAGAUAGCCGACAUCCAACAUUGAGUAGUUUGACUAGUUCAACUCUAUAUUUGCUGUUUUGAAUAAUACAACUGUUUUGUGGUAAUGUAUCACAUUUGUUGAUGUUGGACUAUUACAACUUCUCCAAAGCAUACAGAUUUGUUUUAUCUCGGGCGAAUGGGACCAUCAUACGUGCACGAGCGGCGCGCGCAAUAUGAGAGCGCGCGUGGAGGCGGUCCGGCUUCUUCAGUUUUCUGUAAUCGCUUUUCGGUUGCUACCUUCAGUUAAAUAGCAAGGACACGAGUGCGAGCAGACGGCCGUGUGUGUGUGGAUAUACUUUUCACUUGGGAUUUUAAUACAAAAUACAGCAUCGACGGUCAGCUGCCAGGUAAUAUUUACGCACGCAUGUUACUGUCCUUCGUAUGUGUACAGAAAGUAAGUAAAUGUCCCGUGAAAGUGGCAUUUUCCGAUGAGGGGGAUGUGUGGGACGUGCCUCCCUUUGUGCCCGAGCAGCUCAACGCUCAUUGUGGACACUUGAGAAACGUUGGAUUCACACAUUUCCAAGCCGUUCAUUUGGCCCUCGCGUCGACUGGCCUUGACGAGCCCUUGAUGCCUUGUCGAAGAAUUUCUUAAACGUGAUGUUCUCUGCAUAUUUUCCCGAGUUUUAAACGCUCAGGCCUCUUGAUUUAAAUUCCCCAUAGCAGGACAUAGCACAGCGGGUGCUACUUUUUCCUGCAGUGUUAAAGAUGUUUGUUAUGCAUUGCUUUUUUGACAGCUCUAUUUGUGUCGCGGGCACAUGUUGUUAUUUUUAUUUUUUCAGUCGAAAGGGGGAGGCUUGCAAAUUGUGUUGACCUAUUGCUCAGCUGGCUCCGAAACAACGACAGAAGAAAGUGAUACAUUAUUGUGUCCUAUUUAUUGAGGCCCCUAGAGUCAACACGCGAGUCGUCUUUGAUAAAUGUAACUAACAAUUUUCAGAAUUGAUAUCAUUGCCCCAAGUUGCCAUCGCACGCCUGUUUUGCAAGUCGAUACAUGUCUGUCGAGUGGAUACACUAAUAGCGUUGAUGUCCUUAUCAUAACACCCCCGGGAAAGGUAGUGGUUAAGCACUACUUUAGUUUACCGUUUGAUUAACCGUUUGUAUCUUUUACCGUAGGCCUAUUCCCCAGGCUUUUAUUCGAAACAAUAUAAACUGAUACGUUUGGCUUGACGUCCAUGACCGUGAUAGAUAAAAAAUUACCUCACCUCAUUAUUGUCAUCAAAGGCGAUAUCUCAGUCGUCUGAUGCCCUUUGUAGAGGCACAGGCCUACUGUUCUAGUGUCUCUUUAGCCUACUAAACUCAACUCCCUGAUUAGUUGAGUUUAAUCGACUAGUGUCUCUUUCGAUCUAUGUUCCAUCAAUCCAUGUGGUCAACUACUGAAAAGGUUAAUGAGUGGUGAUAUUGAAUUAAUUGUUUUAGAUUAGACUGUAUUGUCAGUAGGCCUGUGACAUGUUGACUCUUCAAGUCAAGACAUCUUGACAGCAUUGUUCUUUCAUACUAGGCUAUAUUCCAUUAAAUCUCAACAAAGUCAUGUUUCUAAUGCAUUCAAAAAAUUUGUAGGUGGUUUGUUAACGCAGUAAUAUUGAAUCUUCUUGAAAGAGUUUGAGAUCUUAGUAGUUUGUCAAAAUAUUGACGAACCGCUCACUACCUCUUCCUUUUCAACACACAAAAUAGCUUCACCACCUUGCCUUCAACACAUUAACCAGCAAAGUGAAACAGACUUUAAAUUAUUUCCCUGUUGUGAAAAUAAUUUCCUCCUGCAAGGACAAUCAAGUAUUCUGUUCUACUCAACCACACAAUGGAGGCAGGUAGCCGCUGUUGUGUGGUUAGAGAGAAGAGCCAGCAACUGGAGGGUUGCCAGUUUGUAUCCGGGGUCUGACAGGAAAAAUCUGGCGGGAAGUGAGCUGGCAACCGGAGUGUUGCUGGGAUCAAAUCCUAGAUGCCAUUGCCUGCCGUUGUGCCCUUGAGCAAGGCACUUAACCCCCAACAACAACAGCUCCCCGGGCGCCCGGUGUGGCAGCCCCCCGCACCUCUCCCCCAAAAAACCUGUAUGUGUGUCUUUCAGAGGGGUUAGGUUAAAAGCGGAAGUCACAUUUUGGUUGGACCUUGUCUGCAAUUGACCAAUACAGUGAUCUUAAUCUUAACCUGCACAAUGACUAGUAAAAUCAUAGGCUGUGCAACCUUGGAACCCUCGCAGUCCACACAAGGUACUUUUUUUUAAAAGGCCUGGGCAGGCUAACGUACCACUAAUUUAUUUUGUAUAGAAAACAUAAUGAAAGCUAAAGCUGUGCUGUUUGGUCUCUGUUUCCCAGGGCCAGGAUGUCCAGUGAAGUGCAGAGACCGGACGAUAGCCCCAGCACCAGUGGGGGGAGCUCGGAUAUCGAACAAAGAGAAUCAUCGGUACCCCCAGAACAGGAGCGGGAACAAGCACAGCCCAAAAAGAAGGAGACUAAGAUCUCCAGUAAAACAGCUGCCAAACUCUCAACCAGUGCCAAGAGGUAA